CCCCCGGUCCCCCGGGCCCAGACCCCGAGCAGAGCCGUCGGAACCGGGCCCGGCCCGCCGCGCCCAGCCAUGAACUUCCUGCGGCGCCGCCUGUCCGACAGCAGCUUCGUGGCCAACCUGCCCAACGGCUACAUGGGCGACCUGCAGCGGCCCGACAGCUCCACCAGCUCCCCCGCCUCCCCGGCCAUGGAGCGCCGGCGCCCGCAGCCCCUGGCCGCCUCCUUCUCCUCGCCGGGCUCCAGCCUCUUCAGCUCCUUCUCCAGCGCCAUGAAGCCCACCUCGCCCGCCCCCGCGGGGCUCGUGGAGCCCCCCGGCCCCGCCGCGCCCGUGGUGGUGCACAGACCCCGCGUCCUGCUGGUCAUCGACGACGCCCACACGGACUGGGCCAAGUAUUUCCACGGGAAGAAAGUGAACGGCGAGAUUGAGAUUCGGGUGGAGCAGGCAGAAUUCUCUGAGUUGAAUCUGGCCGCUUAUGUCACGGGAGGCUGUAUGGUGGACAUGCAAGUCGUGAGAAAUGGGACCAAGGUAGUAAGGUCCUUCAAGCCAGACUUCAUCCUCGUCCGCCAGCACGCCUACAGCAUGGCGCUUGGGGAGGACUAUCGCAGCCUGCUCAUUGGCCUGCAGUAUGGGGGCCUGCCUGCUGUCAACUCCCUCUACUCUGUCUACAACUUCUGCAGCAAGCCCUGGGUGUUCUCGCAGCUCAUCAAGAUCUUCCACUCCCUGGGUCCUGAGAAGUUUCCGUUGGUGGAACAGACCUUCUUCCCUAACCACAAGCCCAUGCUCACAGCCCCACAUUUCCCUGUGGUGGUGAAGCUGGGACAUGCGCAUGCCGGCAUGGGAAAGAUCAAGGUGGAAAACCAGCAUGACUACCUGGACAUCACCAGCAUCGUGGCCAUGGCCAAGACCUACGCCACCACUGAGGCCUUCAUUGACUCCAAGUACGACAUCCGCAUCCAGAAAAUCGGAUCCAACUACAAGGCCUACAUGAGAACCUCCAUUUCCGGAAACUGGAAGGCCAACACCGGUUCCGCCAUGCUCGAGCAGGUGGCCAUGACCGAGAGGUACAGGCUGUGGGUGGACAGCUGCUCUGAGAUGUUCGGUGGCCUGGACAUCUGCGCCGUCAAAGCCGUCCACAGCAAGGACGGCCGAGACUUCAUCAUCGAGGUGAUGGACAGCUCGAUGCCCCUGAUCGGGGAGCACGUGGAGGAGGACAGACAGCUGAUAGCCGACCUUGUUGUCUCCAGAAUGGGCCAACUCCUGGUGCCCGGGGGCACCGUGCCCUCGCCCCUGAGGCCGUGGGCUCCACAGAGUAAACCAGCAAAGUCCCCGCUUGGACAGUCCCAGCCUCGCCCACCCACACAAGGGGGCCCUCGCCAAGCUCAGUCUCCUCAGCCCCCGCGAUCUGGAAGCCCCUCUCAACAGAGGCUCUCCCCUCAAGGCCAGCAGCCCCUGAGCCCCUCGUCGGGAUCUCCGCAGCAGCGAUCCCCCGGCUCCCCGCAGCUCUCCCGGGCAUCAGGGGGCAGCUCUGCAAACCAGGCCUCCAAGCCAGGCUCGGCCUUGCCCUCCCAGCCCCGGCCCCCCAUGCAGGGCCGCAGCACCUCCCAACAGGGGGAGGAGUCCAGGAGGUCAGCACCACCCCACCCCCAUCUAAACAAAUCCCAGUCCCUGACCAACAGCCUCAGCACUUCAGACGCAGCCCAGCGUGGGCCCCCGAGCGAAGACGAGGCCAAGGCCGAAACCAUCCGCAACCUGAGGAAGUCUUUCGCCAGCCUCUUCUCGGACUAAGAGGUCCGGGCUGGGAGUGGGGGGCCGUGGCCCUCUCCCCACUCCUGCUUCAUCUUCCUCCUCAGCCUUGGUUCCGAGGCGAGCCGGAUGGAGGCCUGAGAAGACCCUCAGGGACCUUCACCCAGGAAGUGCACGCGUGCCCUGCCCUCCCUCCGCCGCGCCGUUUUCAGCGCGGGCUGCCUGGGUGAUGGACUUGGAG